AUGAGUCACCAGUUCGCCACCUAUGUGCAGGAUCUGGAGCAAGACCCUUUCGAUGCCACGGAUUUCGUCGAACGCGUGGUGUGGCGGAUUACGCAGGGUUCCGAUACCAUCGAAGAUCCGCUUCAUCUGAAAGAGAAGCUGGAAGAGGAGAUUUCGAGCUUGCAAAUGCUUUGCGAGCAAUUUUCGUCCAAGAUCAACAGCCUCGAGCAGCAACUGAACAACGACAAGCGAGACUAUUGCAAUCAGCUCCAGCACUUGCACGACCAGAAUGCGGUGGCGAUCGAGAAAGUUAGGCAACUAGACAACACUAUGCAAUCCGUAUCGACGGCUGUUGUACACCUUGGCGACCAGCUCGAGAGUGUAGAUGCUCCUAGGACGAGAGCUGCCGAAGCCCUGGCGUUGAUCACCCACUUCGACCAGUUCCUCCUCGAUCAGCCGCUGAACUCGGCGAUCUUCACGGAUCCGGAUAAGCUCCUUGAAUCCGCGGACCUCAUCCAGAAGCUGUACUCCAUCUCCCAGGAGUUGUCGAAGGACAAGUACGCCUUCGUCCAGGCCAGGAUCACGCAUCGGUACGAGGAGAUUGAGAAGCUACUCAUCGACGAGUUCGUCCGCUCUCAGCGAGACGAGAAAAAGAUGUCGCAGGCGGCCAAGGUGCUCGCGGAGUUCAAGGGCUACAGCUCAUGCGUGGAUCGAUAUGUCGAGUUUCUGCACGCCACUUCUUUUCAUCGCGAUCGUGGCGACGUUUUCGCGGAAACAUUGCACCUGUGCAGGAAUGCAAAGCCAAAAAUCGAAGCCAUCUUCCCAAAUCCAACUUCAGUGCUUCAGAAGCUGGUAGCAAGUAUAUUUUCUGGAAAGUUGAAGGAAACCGUCUACGCCAUCCUCCGGGACCAUCGUGAAGCCGGAGACCAAGAAGCGUACCUGGUCGCGCUUUCGGAAAUGUACACCAGUGCUAAAAAGCUGUGUCUCGAGCUAGAAGCUGUUCAUGUGUCUCCGGACCCGACCUUCUUGAAGACGUUGUGCUCAUCUAUAUUUGAGCGAUACAUUGAUGCUUAUCCAAAGGACGAGUUGGACUACCUCAACGCACAGUGCUCUCAAAUUCUAUCCAGAUUCUACGACUCCAAGAAGCAUCAGAAGCGCGCGAUUCAGAGUGGAGGGCUUCAAGAACUUCGUCGAGACGUCACUUUACGGCUCCUUUCGGCGGAUGACUAUGGUGGCGAGACCUUCCUUGCCGAAGAUGUUGCCAUCUCGAUUUUGCAGGAGACGAAGAAUGCGUUUAAUAGAUGUCAAUUGUUUUGCGGAAAAAAGGAAGUGCCUCGUCAAGCUGAGAAGAUUCUUGAUGUUCUACUGGCCAAGCUCGUUGUUGAGCACUUGGAUUAUGCAGUGGAAUUGGCAUUAGCAGGUAUCACCCUGGCCGAGCCAAAAACCGAACCUCCCGCCUAUUUCUUCACGUUCGUCCCCCAGAAUACGGCCAUCAUGCUGCUGUGCGCCAAGCAGUUCGAGGACAGCAUCUGGCCAUUAGUGCGUGGAUCCCUAGCCGAACAGGCCUGCUCGAAGAAGUGGACCGGGGCGUUGAGAAGCUUGGAGACGAAGGUGAACACGGGGAUGAACAGACAGUUGAACGCGAUUCAAGGUUAUACGCGCUUCGUCUUGACGUCACAGCAGAAGAAGGCCGAUUUUAUUCCUGAAGAUGAUCAAGUUCGGAUCGGGACCAGCACGGCCUGCCAAACGAUCCUGCGAUUCCUGAAAUCGCAGCUAACAGCGCUGGAGCGAGGAUGUGAUGGCACGAACUUGCAGAUGACCGAGGUUGAACUGGCCGAUCGAUUGUCCCAGACUGUACUCGCUCACGUCCAAAGCUUCCUCUACAAUUCAGCCGGAGCGAUGCAUUUGUUGUGCGACCUCAACGAGUACAAGAAGUUCGUCUCCGGGUGGAGAUGUGGACGAGAUGCUGUACUACCUUUUGAAAGGUUACACUCACUCGCGAAUCUGCUAGUGGUGCUGCCGGACAGCCUAGCAGAUGCGGCACGAAGUCCGACUCUAGCAAACAUCGACCGGACCCUGAUCGUCAACUUCAUCCAACUCCGCGAGGACCACAAGAAGGUUAAAGCCCAAAACCUGGUCAUC